CUGACCUUUCACCCCUCAGUCAGUCCCACACACACACACACUGAUGGCGUUGGCGUUGGCGUUUCUCCGGUGGAUCAAGCUCCUGAUGAUCCUGAUCGUCUUUCAAGGUGUGUGUGUGGUGUUUUAUUACACACUCAACACACACUCAUCCAGAGAUGGGAUGAGGGACCCACUUCAGCUGCUGCGCUGUGCUAAGCUCAGACACAAGUUUUCCAUUAUUAAACCGGCCAAAAGUAUAAAACUGAAGAGCUUCACGCAGGAGUUGUCAGAUUUGAUGAGCUGUCCGUACAGAGCCAACACAACCGAGCGCGAGCUGAACAGAAUGAGGCUGCAGUUUUGCUGUAACGCCACAGGAUUGUUAUUCCUCACCAAACACAACACGGCCAUCAAUCAGAACAUCCUGUAUGAGACAAGCACAACAAAAAGAUACAAAAUGAAUGCAGCUGUUCACAGCAUGUUGCCUGAGGAUCUCCCCUGGAGCGGUCGUCGUCUGGGUCGGUGUGCUGUAGUUGGCAGUGGUGGGAUCCUAAAGAACAGCAGCUGUGGACGUGAGAUUGACAGCGCAGACUUUGUCAUACGGUUUAAUUUGGCGUUGAUUAAUGACAGUGAUGUUGGACUGAAGACAGAUCUGAUAACCAUCAACCCCAGUCAGAUUACGAAUGGGUACAAGAAUCUGAUGCAGGAUCCGGAUCCAUUGGUGGAAAGGGUCAGUGUUUACAGAAAUGCAUCCCUUGCUCUUCCCGCCUUUGCCUACACCUUCUGCACUGGAGUGUCAAUCAAAACUCUCAAAGUGCUCCGUCCAAUCAGACCCCAGCAGCCGGUGGUGUUCUUCAGCCCUGUUUACCUACGAACACUGGACCGUUUCUGGAAGGGGCGUGGCCUGAAGGAGACCCGCCUCUCAUCUGGGUUUAUGUUAAUUAGCACGGCUCUGGAACUGUGUGAGCAUGUGCAUGUUUACGGAUUCUGGCCGUUUGGAAUGGACCUGCAGGACAAUCCGGUUCCGUAUCAUUACUACGACGAGUUGAGUCCGCACCGAUCCAUGCACAAGAUGCCGGAGGAGUUUGUGCGGCUUCUGCAGCUCCACAGCCAGGGGGCGCUAACACUGCACCUGGGGCCCUGUGUGCACCCCUGACCGCAUCUGUCUGGGACCAUCAAUUAUUUAAAGGAGAGGACACAUUAAAUCAUUUAAACUGUUUUGAAUUAAAAGGCUAGCACAAAAUCAUCUUUAUCAUUUCAGGAUGUCUGAAGAAUAUUGCUUUGCCAGUGUUUGUUCUCUGGAGAUUGUUUUGUCAUGGGAGAUCUUAAGCAUGGAUAUUUAUUUCCUCAAGUGAUUGUCCUCAGUUUUGGAAUACAAUAUGUGUUUGAUAUUGAUUGUGUUAUUUGUUCUUAGUGUUUUUAGGAGUGAGACAAAACAAGUGUUUCAGUAUUUCUCUGAACUGUGUAAUACGCAGUGCUUUUCUGGGUGUUUUCGAUGGACUUUAGAGUCAUAAAGUGAGUGAAAGAUUAAUUAAGCUGCAGAAAAGAGACUUUAGGUUGACUACGGUGAACAACGAAGCAGUUCCUCACUGCGAGCGGAUCAAAUAUAGAUAAAAAUAUUCAGUAGAUAAUAACUUUUAAGUACCUUUAAGUUGAGUGUUUUAGUAGCUGAUGCUGAGAGUAAACGCAUCAUCUGUCCAUCUUUUCGGUCUAAUGCUUCAUUUAUAAACUGAAUUCAUCAGAACAGUGCAUGGUUGGCCAGCGAUGGAGGAAAGUAAGACUGAUCAUGUAACUCCACCCACAACUCCAAACAAAGCCACGCCCUCUCCGCCAAAGUCCGUUGAACGGCCGACAGUAGGUUUGAGCAGCCCAGAGUUACUAAAAGAACUGCAAGAACCGCAUGCGCUCAAACACGUCCCUGCUCACACGGGACUGACCACUGUGUUCUGUGGACGAGGACGACAGAAACAGGAGACAGAGAGUGGGUCAAAAAACCCUGCACUGAAACGCCAAGAAUCACAGUGACUGUCCGGCGGUGAUUACAGCUGCCCUGUCAUUGGCUGCUUGUGCUGUCUGUCAGAGAUUAGCCCCACCCCCUUGGUGAUGUCACGUCUCUGUGAGCUGCUCUGGUUCUGAAUCUUCAGUGAACACGUCUGCCAUGUUUGUGUGCGAGUAUAAAGCAGUCUGUCAAUCUGUACCGCAUCUCAUGUUAAAACAGUGUGUGACUGUCUUUGAUAUCAAAUAUGAAAUAGAAAUCAAAGCUGAGAAUUUGUGUGUUAAAAUAGUGAAGACCUGACUUCUUUCAGUUUAUUAAGUGGCCAGUUGGAAUGUGUAUUGGAAUGAAUGGAAGAGUAUGUGAAAAACAAUAAAUAACAUUACAUAUCUGGA